GUCUGGAUGACUUUGUUGCCAUGAUACGUACAUCAACGUUUUUUCACGUUUCAAAUAUUUUCGACGCUUGUUUUGCUCACAAUGAAAUUGCUGGAAGGUUCGGGUUAUAAUCAGUUCCUGGUAAUGAUUUUUAUUCAAUACUGAAGAGAUUGAACUCGAAGGAAUCAGUUUAAACUUAUAUCUACAUAUCUGRCUAUCUUUGAAUUUAAUUCAAUUGCUUUUACAAAUKUUCAACCUGGUUGAACUGGAGUUCGAAUUCAUCAGCCUCAAGUAAGGAUUGAGUGAUUUCAUCUUUUACAAAAACUUGAUUUAAUAUGCGUCUGCAGUUCAGUUCUUAUUUCAUGCUGUUAACUAUUGUGUAAAUAUGCCAGUGACCUGUUUUGUUGAUUUUUCCCCUCUGUAAUAAGUGGUUAAAGUUACCAAACUUUUUCAAUUUCGUGAUUGUUGUUCCUACUUAUCAAGAGCGAAAAAGAUGGCACAGUCGAAAAGCAAUAAUGAUGAAGGUUAUGACUUUUCAUGUCCUCAACACUUCAGUGAUUUGGUGCUCGUCUUCGAAAACACCAAGUUUCACGUCCGUAAAUGCAUUCCUUCGAUGUCUUCUCCCGUGUUUGAGAAAAUGCUUUCGUCAGUCGGUUUCCGUGAAAAAGACGCCAAGCAAAUAGAUCUACCAGGCAAGAAAAGAGUUGAAUUUGGUGCUUUUCUAAGAGUGAUUUACGCAGACGUGAUUUCCCAAGGAAAGCAAAUCAACGAGGAAAACUAUGAGUUUCUCCUUCGACUUGCUGAAGAAUACCAAGUCAGUCAAGUCAAACAUCUGUGCUGCAAAUUUCUAAUCUCAAGCGUUGAAGAAUCCAAUUGUUUUGGGAUUUAUAAAGUAGCGGAAUCCUACAACCUUGAAGAUGUAAAGGAAAAGUGUGCAGAAGUGGCAUCUCUCAAACCUUGCCGUAUUUUAGAAAGUUCUGAAGAAUUUGGUGGAUUAAAAGCCGAAAAUCAGAAGAUGGUAUAUGCCAAACGAGCCAGAUAUUUAGAACGAAAUGCAUAUGCAUAAAUAAAUCAAUAAUAAUCGAACAAGGACAAUCUGUCGCUCUAAAACUAUCAAAUUGAACUAUACCUAUGUACGUAUAUUAGUCCCUAGCGUUUACAUUACUUCAUUGUAAUACGUAUUAGUCACUAAGGUUUUAUAGUAUUUCACUGUAAUACACUGAUAGUGAGUCAAUAAACUGAUGAUGGACGAUGGAUAUCGUCCGAAAUAUCUUACUCAAAAAA